AUGUCUGGUUCCGUUGAGCAAGUGGCUCAGACGGCAAUGGCCACCACGACGGCGGCUGAGCCUACUUUCAAGGUAAAGAUUCCGAAACACCUGACUCUGAAGGAGAUUGACCUGUCUACGUUCUCUCAGAACACGAUGAAGGGAACGCCGCACACCUUCUAUAAGAAGCUGUCGGAGCUGCGUGCUUUUACGGCUCAGUACGACAAGAUCGUCAGCUACAACCUUAGGACGGUCGAGGGCGCGGUCGAUGGUGAGAAGCUGCGGACCGAAGCCCUGUACAGCUUGACCACGACGGACCACGACGGCAACACGCUACUCGAGAACUUCGUGGACAAGAUUUAA